AACGUCGCUCCCUGGUCUCCAGGUCUUGUGACUCUGCUGUGGCCCAACAACAUGCCCGCUGCUGUGAAGUUUGCUGCGGUCUUGCUGGCCCUGCUUGGCAUUUGCCGGGGGUUGCAGCACAACUACAUCGACGAAGUGGAGGUGGAGGAGGAGGAGGAGACCUUGGAGCUCUUUGGUCAGCCGUCCACGUACGGCUCUCUGUGGCCUCUGCCGCAGAAAGUGCAAAUCUCCCAGGUUUCAUUCAAGUUGAGCAGCUCCAACUUCGACAUCGUUGACGCCGCGGAGUCGUCCGCUGGCCCGAGCUGCAGCCUCCUGCAGAACGCCUACAGGAGGUAUUAUGAGUACGUGUUUGGCGUCGCUAAAAGGCAGGGGCUGAACAAAGCCAGGCGAGCAGGCCCUUCUGAGCUGACGCAGCUGCAGGUGUGGAUCACAUCACCUGACUCUGAAUGUGACGGUUAUCCCGGUGUGUCUUCUGACGAAUCAUAUGAGUUGACCGUGAAUCAGCCGUAUGCUGUCCUGAAAGCACCAAAGGUCUGGGGAGCCCUGCGUGGACUGGAAACCUUCAGCCAGUUGGUGUACGAAGAUGAAUAUGGAGUUAAAAACAUCAAUUCAACAGAAAUCAGUGACUUCCCCAGAUUUGCACAUCGAGGAAUCUUACUGGACAGCUCUCGGCAUUUCCUGCCCAUCAAAGUCAUCUUGGCUAAUCUGGAAACAAUGGCGAUGAACAAAAUUAACGUCUUCCACUGGCACAUUGUGGAUGAUCAGUCCUUCCCUUACCUGAGCCGAACUUUCCCACAGCUGAGCCAGCGGGGAGCUUAUCACCCAUACACACAUGUGUAUACACCUGCUGAUGUGAAGAUGGUGAUUGAGUUUGCCCGUCUGAGAGGCAUUCGUGUGAUCCCAGAGUUUGACACUCCGGGACACACGCAGUCUUGGGGCAAAGGCCAGACAGAUCUGCUCACACCCUGUUUCUCUGGCUCCAAACUUUCUGGCACCUUCGGACCAGUGAACCCCAUCCUGAACACCACAUAUGACUUUAUGAAGCAGUUCUUCGAGGAGAUCAGUGCUGUGUUCCCUGAUGGUUACGUUCACCUGGGCGGUGAUGAGGUGGACUUCACCUGCUGGAAGUCCAACCCAGAUGUUCAGAAGUUUAUGGAACAGCAAGGCUUUGGACCAGACUACAGGAAACUGGAAUCAUUCUAUAUCCAAAGACUCUUGGACAUUGUCACCACUACCAAGAAGGGCUACAUGAUCUGGCAGGAGGUCUUUGACAAUGGUGUUAAGCUGAAACCAGACACAAUUAUCCACGUCUGGAAAGGAAACCAGGAGCAAUACCAGAAUGAGAUGGCAAAUGUUACAUCCUCAGGGUACCAGACCCUGCUGUCUACUCCCUGGUACCUGAACCGUAUCUCCUACGGCCAGGACUGGCAGGGUCAUUACAAGGCCGACCCGCAGGAUUUCAAGGGAACUGAAGAACAAAAGAAGCUUGUGAUUGGUGGAGAAGCCUGCUUGUGGGGAGAGUACGUGGACGCCACCAACUUGACACCCAGACUCUGGCCUCGUGCCAGUGCUGUGGCAGAGCGGCUGUGGAGCGCAAAGGACGUGACGGACAUCAGCGAUGCCUUCAACAGACUGUCUGCACACCGCUGUCGUAUGGUGGCGCGCGGGAUUCCAGCUGAGCCGCUGUUUUCCAGCUACUGUCCUCGUGAGUACAAAGGGGUCUGAAAAUGAAAAGGAGAAGCUGGACGUGAAGCGAGGAAGGGAAAUCCAAAUGCAAAUAUCACCUCCGCACUGAUCAAAUGCUGAACUGCCUUUGUAGAGAUGGUCUUGUACUUAUCCCUUUUAAAUCUGCAAAUCCACAGACCACCUGAUCACAUCCAAUGUCAAUUUUUCGAAUGCACUUUGUGUUGUUGUUUUUCUUUUCUAUGAAUGUUUGUAUAAUUGAUUGUGAAUAAAAUCUUUACAUUUUA